AUGGCGCCGCUGUACACGGCGGCGGCGCUAGGCUACGCGUCGGUGCGCUGGCUCGGGGCCUUCUCCGAGGAGCAGUGCGCGGGGAUCAACCACUUCGUCGCCACUUACGCCCUGCCGGCUCUCGUCUUCGACAUGGUCUCCACCAACGACCCCUACGCCAUGAACGCCCGCCUCGUGGCCGCCGACACGCUGCAGAAGGGGGCCAUGCUGCUCGGCCUCAUGGCGUGGGCCGCGUGGCCCUCAUCCCGCUGCCGCGGCGGCAACUCUGCGAUGCGGUGGGUGGUGACCGCCUUCUCCGUGGCGCAGCUGCCCAGCACGAUCAUCAUGGGCGUGCCGCUCCUCGGCGGCAUGUACGGGCCCGCGUCCAAGGACCUCAUGAAGCAGAUCGUCGUGAUGCAGUUCUACCUCUGGUACAACGUCGUCAUCUUCAUGUACGAGUACAUGGCGGCGACGGACGGCAGCACCAAGGCCAUCCUCAUCUGA